AGGCAGUCCAACACAAUGCAGCACUGAGGCGGCGGCGACGACGGCGAGAAUAACGCGCGGCUCCCGCUAGGAGGAAGAAGCGUCGGCGAAGACGACCCCAGGAGCCGGAGGCGCCUUUCCUCUUCCCCACCAUGCCAGCCGCCUUGUGAUCCUUGCUUAUUUCGGGCAGGAGGGAAGAAGCGCCUGCCCUCCCGACCGGAGCCAGCCAUGCCGCCUGCGACUUCUCUGCUCUCCUUGGCGCUUUGUGCCUUCGGGAUGCUCUUCGGGGCGGGCUCCAGCCGCGCAGGAGACGCCUCGUUGACAGAGAUGGAGCGAAGGGAUGGGAAUCGUUUCAUGGAGAGGCAAAAUAUCGUCCCUUUCCGGCUGAUCUAUAGCACGGACGGUGGCAACGAAACUCAACACGACGUGCUCAACACCCGCAUCGGGAGCAGCUUCGAUGGGCGGCAGUCCACCCAUAUUGCCCGAGCCAGCUUCCAGGUUGAUGCCUUUGGAUCUUCUUUCAUCCUGGAUGUAGAGUUAAACCAUGAUCUCCUGUCUUCAGAAUACCUUGAGAGGCACAUCGAACAUGGCGGGAAGAUGGCGGAAGUAAAAGGAGGGGAACAUUGUUAUUACCAAGGUCACAUCCGAGGGAAUCCAGAAUCAUUUGUUGCCCUGUCAACAUGCCAUGGACUUCAUGGCAUGUUCUGUGAUGGAAAUCACACGUAUCUUAUUGAGCCGGAAGAAAACUACACUUCACAGGAGGAAUUCCAUUUACACUCUGUUUACAAAUCCAGAUUAUUUGAAUUUCCUUUGGAUGACCUUCCAUCUGAAUUCUGGCACAUGAAUACCACAUCACCAAAAUUUGUUGUGAAACCAAGACAUAAAAGAAGAAAAAGGCAGGUCCGUCAGAGUCCAUAUAAAGCUGAAGAGGAAACAAAAUAUGUUGAGCUAAUGAUCGUAAAUGAUCAUCUAAUGCUGAAAAAGCACCGAUUAUCGGUAGGCCACACAAACAGCUUUGCAAAAUCAGUAGUGAACAUGGCCGAUUUAAUUUAUAAGGAACAACUCAACACCAGGAUAGUCUUGGUUGCCAUGGAGACCUGGGGUACUGAUAACAAGUUCACCAUAUCUGAAAACCCACUGGUGACUCUGCGUGAGUUUAUGAAAUAUAGGAGGGAUUUUAUCAAAGAGAAAAGUGAUGCAGUUCACCUUUUUUCGGGGAGUCAGUUUCAGAGCAGUCGCAGUGGGGCAGCCUACAUUGGUGGCAUUUGUUCGCUACUGAAAGGUGGUGGUGUAAAUGAAUUUGGGAAGCCAGAUUUAAUGUCAAUUACAUUGGCACAGUCUUUAGCACACAAUCUUGGCAUUUUCUCAGACAAAAGAAAAUUGCAGAGCGGUGAGUGUAAGUGUGAGGAUACAUGGUCUGGAUGCAUCAUGGGAGACACUGGCUAUUACCUUCCAACCAAGUUCUCCAAAUGCGAUAUCGAGGAGUAUAGUGAAUUCUUAAAAAAUGGAGGCGGAGCCUGCCUUUUCAACAAGCCUUCCAAGCUCCUUGAUCCUCCAGAAUGUGGCAAUGGUUUUGUUGAAGCUGGAGAAGAGUGUGAUUGUGGUACUCCAGCAGAAUGUCUUGCUGAAGGUGGAAAUUGCUGUAAUUCCUGCAGUCUAACUGCUAACUCUCAGUGCAGCAAUGGAAUUUGCUGUAGAAAAUGCCAGUUUGAAGCCAAAGGAGUUGUGUGCAGAGAAGCUGUGAAUGAUUGUGAUAUUCCAGAGAGGUGCACAGGAGAUUCUAAUCAGUGCUCUCCAAAUCUGCACAAAAUGGAUGGGUAUUCAUGUGAUAACAAACAGGGUAUUUGUUUUGGAGGACGAUGUAAAACAAGAGACAGGCAGUGUAAAUAUAUUUGGGGAGAAAAAGCGACGGCUGCUGAUGAAUACUGCUACGAGAGGCUGAAUAUAGAAGGAACUGAAAAAGGGAACUGUGGUCGAGAGAAGAAAACUUGGAUACAGUGCAAGAAUGAGGAUGUUCUUUGUGGAUAUCUUCUGUGCUCUAAUAUUGUCUCUAAUAUCCCAAGGCUUGGAGAACUUGACGGCGAGAUCACAUCAGUUUCUCUCCAACAUUUGGACAAGACCUUUAAUUGCAGCGGUGGUCACGUUAAACUAGACGAAGAUGCAGAUCUUGGCUAUGUGGAAGAUGUAACACCUUGUGGUCAGGACAAGAUAUGUUGGGAGCAUAGAUGCCUUUCUGUGGAUUCUUUUAACUUUAGCUCCUGUCCAGGAAGUGCAGAAGGCAAAAUUUGUUCAGGCAAUGGAGUUUGCAGUAAUGAAAUACAUUGUGUCUGUGAGCAGUUAUGGACAGGUGCAGACUGUGCUAAACGUCUCCCAGAACCAAACAUUGGUGGAGGUUUGCACAACCAAGGUGUCGCUAGCACAAAUAUUAUUAUAGGUGCCAUUGCUGGUACGAUUUUAGUGUUGGCUCUAAUUUUGGGCAUCACUGCAUGGGGUUACAAAAACUAUCGGAGACAGAGACAAAUCCCUCAGGGAGAUUAUGUAAAAAAGCCUGGUGAGGCCGACUCCUUUUAUAGCGACAUGCCGCCUGGAGUCAGCACAAACUCUGCAUCUAGUUCUAAGAAGAGGUCUGCUUUUCUGUCGCAUUUUCAGAUUUCUACCUGUUCCAUCACACAUUAUUCCAUUAGUCAGAACCUUUCAUUGUUUUGCAGCAGGUCAAACGGAUUAUCUCAUUCAUGGAGUGAAAGGAUCCAAGAUGCAAAGAAUCUUUCAGAUAUCUGUCAAAAUGGGCGACCAAGGAGUAACUCAUGGCAAGGUAAUAUAGGAGGCAACAGGAAGAAAGUCAAAGGGAAAAGAUUUCGGCCACGGUCGAAUUCAACUGAGUAUUUAAACCCAUGGUUCAAAAGAGAAUAUAAUGUAGCUAAGUGGGUAGAAGAUGUGAAUAAAAACACUGAAGGACCCUGCUUUAGGACCCUUUCCCCUGCAAAGUCACCAUCAUCAUCUACUGGCUCCAUCGCCUCCAGCAGAAAAUACCCAUACCCAAUGCCUCCACUUCCUGAUGAGGAGAAAAAGGCCAACAGAGCAAGUGCCAGGCUAUGGGAGACUUCCAUUUAGUCUCACUGUCUACCUGAGCAGAUACUAGAACUGUUUACUUCAGAUUUUAUACAAACUCAGCAUCACUGGGUCGUUAAAUAUUCAUCUGCCAAGUGGACAAUUUGAAGGAGCAGAGAUGCUGAUCGGCAUGGAGCGAACAAGUUAUCUGAUGAAGGAAAAGUCCAUUUUCUGCAGCUGAUGAGGAUUUUGUUAAUUACAAGUAAAGAACAACCAAACCAUUAAAAUACUCCCUUAACCUGGGAUACAUGGAACUGAAUACAAAGAUUAUUCCGCAUGAUGACAGAUAAUAUGUAGACACUCUGAUAAAGCUAAUUGGAGUCCCAAAUGCGUUUUUUUCCUCUGGUCUAACAUAAUCCAAAAUAACUUUUGAAAAAAAGAAUUCAGAAUUUGGUAUAUAAACAUUUAUGCUGUCUGCAUGGACCCCUCUCUUCACCACUUUCCAUGUGUAAGGGACUAGUCAUUAUACUGUAGUAAAACUAGCAUGCAGGAAUAAGAAUUUUUUUUCCCACAAAUGGGAUCUGAAGAGGCAAACAUUAUGACAUAAGCAGCCAACGACAAAAAAUACUCUCUUUUUUUACCUUGGUGAUUAUAUUCUCAUUAGAAACUCAUAUGUGUGUAAAAAGUUGUAAAAUAUCAACACUGCAGUUAUAUAACUUUCUUUUCUUUUUUUUUUGCUUGAAGAACACUCAUGAGUGAACAUUACAUGUCAAAGAAUCUAAGGGCCAAAGGAGACGGUGACAUGGGAGAUCCAUGAAGAGGAAAGGGCCAUAAUUUGGUGGGAGAGCACAUGGUUUGCAUGCAAAAGGUUCCAGGUUCAGUCUUUGGAAUCAUCUCCAGGAAAAGUCUCCUGUCAAUACUAAGCUAGAUAGACCAAUGGACUGACUCGGAAUAAAACAGCUUCAUAUUUAUUUAUUUUUUUAAGUUUAAUAGCAGCUACAAGAAGGAAGGAUUAUUCAGAUUAAGACUACAGUGUUGGGGAGGGGUUUUUGUAAAGCUUUCCCCACAUGCUAUUUUACCCUCGAAAAUCACCCCACUCCAGCUGUAAUGCAAGAGAUCAGAUGCUAACCGGAAGAGUCUAGAAGGCCUUCCAGCAGCCAUGGAAAAAGUAGUGGUUCAGUGCAAAACAUUUUCUUCUUCUCAGUGAAACCGGCAGGACUUUAAUGGAGCCUUUAAAAAAACAGCAACAACUUGGCAAUCUGGGACCACAACAGUUAAUGUGAUGAUGGUCAGAAUGGCACAUUUGCUGUAUAUACUAAACACCCAUUUUCUGACAUUCAGCUAUCCGGAGUUCCCAUGUUAUUUGGCUUCAUCAUUUAUCCUACAUCCUGAUAUAAUACUUGUAAAUGGUAUAUCUCUUGGCCAAAUAAGAGCCAUUAUUUGAAUGAUUUGAUUAAAUUACCAGAGGUCAUUCAUCUAAGUGGAGUUGCAUUAAUACUUGCUACGGAGUAAUCUCUGUUUCUGCUUAGGUAGGUCAAGCAGAACUCUGUGCACUAUGCAUCAUCAGUGUACUGUAUUAUUAUUGACUAUACAGUGAUGGAUGUUCAUGAGCUGAUAUGGAUGGAGUGGGUGAUUCAUUAAGAAAGACUUUGCAGAGUAGUUGUUGUUUGUUUGUCUUUUUCAACAUAGGGAAUGUUGUGAAGGUAACCUAACAUUGCCAGUACACAUUCUUAUACAGGAGCCAUUAUUCUGACAUAGUACACGGGUAUGGAAUAAAAUUGUGGUUAUCCAGACAUUGGACUACAAUUCCCUUCAGCCCCAACCAGUCUGGCUAAUCACCAAGGAUGAUUGGAGUUAUAGUCCAGCAACAUCUGGAAAGCCACAAGUUCCCCACCCCUGGUCCAUUAUCUGUGACAUAAAAUUGCAUGCCCUAUGAUGGUUGUAUGCAAAAGGAAAGGGAGAAAAAUCUUCAAAGUCAUUUAGAAAAUAAUGUUUUUGUCCUUUUUUUGGAAAAAUUAACAAUAUGUUCCAGUCAAACUCAAGUAGUCCUCUUGCGAAUUGCAUUCCAAAAUAACUGAGGUAAAAUGAUAAAAUGGGACAAGCACCUUAUUGUAACUUUGUGGUAGAAGGUUCUCUUCCUGAGGGAUGUAUUAGGCAAGAUUUUUUAUAUGAUGCUUUGUAGUAUCAGAAGUUGCAAUGCAGGCAUGCUGGAGGCAGAGGCAUUUAAUUUUGAUACUCAUCUUUGGGGAUUCCAACAUGUUUUUUCCUAGCAGCAGCAAAGGAAGAGAUUUGGGGAAAAUGUGGCCUUGCAGUGCCCAUGGUAACAUUAUACCCACCUGCAUGGCAAGGUUUUAAGGGAUCUGCCUCAAUUAAAAGCAUUCUUAGGAAAAUAGCAGCAUCUAAUCUUUUGACAGUAUUUGAAUGGAAACAUCAUCUAAAUUUCUGAAUCUUCUACCUCUUUCACAUGAUUCCUUGGUAGGUACGUUGCCAUGUGUGGCCUUCCUUCAUAUAACUCAGGGAUAGAGCACCAGUGGCCCUCCAGAUGUUGUUGGACUCCAGUUCCAUCAGCCCCAUCCAGCAUGGUCAGGGUGAUGGGAGCUGUAGUCCAACAACAUCUGGAGGGCCACAGGUUUCCCCUCCCUGAUGUAACUGGACAUUUUAAGAAAUUCCACUUAGUUGAGACUGUUGGUUCUAUGAGAAUAUAAAGUUGAAGUAUAUUUAAAGAUGUAUCCAAUUGUAAAAUAUGUAAGACUUUAAAAGUAUUAUAUUUAUAAGUCUUCGCCAGUUAUAUUUCUACAAUACUGGCCUUGUAGUCAUAAAGAUCCCUAUAAGAGACAUAAUGUUUUGGUAAGUAUUUUGAUUUGUAAUAGAUAAGAAAGGAAGAUGAUAAGGAGCAAGUUCCCACCUGAGAAAACGUCUAAGGGAUUGUAGAGUAUAUAUAAAAGUCUAAUUUUGCAAUAUAUGUCAGCCGGAGGAUGAACGCUAAGUUAUCUUUUUGUUUUGUUUUGAUAGAACCCCAUGCAGCAUCUUUAAAAAAUGCUGUUCUUCAUCCUCCUUCAUUCAUCUAUAAUUUUCAGGUUAUUAAGAAGAGUUAAUUUUGUUUUGGGCAGACAGAGCUGAAUGUGAUGUAGUGGGAGCUGAGGCAACUUCAAAACAUUCAUUGAGAAUACAUCUUACUCUGCAGUUAAUGCCAUACAUUGUUAUCUACCAUUGUAUGAUCUCUACUAAUAUUUGUAAAUAUUCACACACCUAAUAAUCUUAAUGUAAAGUUAAAAUAUAAUUUUAAUAAAUUUUGGCUUUUACUUCCAUGGUCUAGUGCAGGAUUUCUCAGCUCACAAAAUUUGGAUUGCCUUGGUGUGGGUCAUGAAUGCUGAUCAGGAGGAAGUGGUGAGUAAGUCUGGGCCAAGAAAGUUAGCUAAUGGGUUUUGAGGCCUGAAGGACAGAGAAGGUCAGAUGCUAAGAGACAUGUUGUCUCUAGUUAUUCCAUACGUUUGAUACAUGUGGACAGGUCCUGGACAUCUGUUUGAUUUUAAGCCAUAUGUACAUGAAAAGUGAGAGCAUGACUGCUUCUAGAAACACCUCUGUCAAACUGUGUUUGAGCAUAGGUAGAGGCAAUGGAAGGUUCCUCACAAUAUUCUUUCUUUCUCAGGAUAAACAAGCUUGUCUCCUUUCUGUAGAGACUUCCAAUGAAAGGUGUCUUAGCAAGAUGUGACUGACAUGAGUAUCGACUCCAUGGUCUUGCUCCUAGGAGCUACGGCACCAGCAAAUGAAAUAGAAAGGUAGAAGGAAAUAAACCUGUGGCCCUCCAGAUGUCAUUGGAUGCUCAACUCCCAUCAGCCCUAGUCAGAAUGGCCAAUGGUCAGGGAUGAUAGAAACUAAUCCAACAACAGCUAGAGGGCCACAGGUUCCUCAGCUCUGGAAUAAGAAGUGUGGUAUUUGUGAGCUUCCCCAGGACAUUGCCCCAGCAAAGAGCCAUGAACUAUAGCUGGGUCAUAGUCAAAGCCAUUUUGCCGCUUUUUAUUAUAGGCGUCACAGUGCCACAGAGAAGCCACCCCAACUCUAAUGAGAUUUCACUAAGCAUGUGAUGAAGUCUCAUGAGACUUGGCCAGACAAGACUUAGACCUCUUCCUAUCCAGUCCAGCCUCAGUCCAUGUACAGCAACUACUUGGUCUGAUACUUCAUCUACUAGCGAACUAGCCAGAGGCCAGUGGCCAUGGGGGUCCAUCUAUGGCUGGUCAGCUGCCAGUACUUGCUUUCUCUCUUGUCUGAAGUGUGGUGGCUGCUACAACUCAAACAAAAGAGAAAGGAACCCACCAGUGAUGCCCCAUGGCUUGACAGCAAAGGGGGGCAGGGAAGGCAGACACCCCUAUCAAUCCGCCACGUGAGACAAGUGGCUCAAUGUGCGUCAUAGCAGGGCAGGCCCUCAGCACAGCAGUAGUAUGCAAAGCCUUUACAUGCAAAGGAACAGGCAGAUAGAGGGCAGUGGAGGGCAUGUGACUGAAGAAAUCCUCAAUACCUGUCAGCCACUGCAAGCAGUAGUAUGCGAAGCCUUUAUACAGGAAGGAAAUGGGCAGCUAAAAGGCAAUGGAUGGGAAUGAACCUGGCAGGCAUCAGCGCAGAUCUAUCCCAUAGGAUGCUUCUGUAAUUACAAGUCAUCUGAACCAUUACAGCUGCACUUGAUCUUAUACAAUCAGGAAAUCAGACCCAGGCCAACCCAACUUUUGUUUUUGUUUUGUCUUCUUUAAAAAUGUGUUUAUUUUGUAAACAUGCAGCAAGAUAGCAGUAUGGAAGUAAGUGAGGACAAAGGUCAUUCCCGAGUUUUGCUGAAACUGCAACCCACACCUGCUGGCUUAGGGAUUGUUUUAGGUAUAUGAAAAUAAGUGAUAGAAGCACACUAAAUAGAUGCCUGGAUCUGGCAUCGUAAAAUAGUGAAAACUUUGAAUUGUAUUAAACUAACUCCUACUCAGAGUACACCCACUGAAAUUACUCUCAUCUGUUAUUUUCAAUGGAUCUACUAUGAGUAGGACAAUAAAAACCUAUUAAAAGUAGCUAAUGUGUCCUAACCUUAACUUGUCCUGUCUUGCAUUUCCUGUGUACAAAAUCCACUUCUAAAGAUGGGUUCACAAAACAACAAGCAAACAAUGUAAGGAAUCCAUGACACAUUUCUUUUUAUCGCUCUUCCCCCCCUCCCUCCUAUCAUACUUACAUGAAAUGCUGCUAAUCAUUCAAUUUCACUCAAAUGUCUUCAUUUUCAAAUGAGGUGACCUAGUUGGGGGGAGGGGGAGUUAAUUUGCUUAAUUUGGAGAUUGAAAACUUUCCUUAAACAUGCAUAAGUGCCAAAGAAACUAAUUUGGUCAUUUGGACAUGACUUCCAAUAUUUUCAAUAUUAUGUCCUUCAUAAGUGUUACUGCUAACUUUAGUUUAGUUUUUGCUUUGGACUCUGGCACACAAAUAAAUAAAUAAUGGCAAGAUGCCUUAUUGUCCUACUCUGCUGCAGCUGAGUUUAAACGAGCUCAUUUCAUGUGUGCAGGGGAGCAUCAAGGUUUGAGAUAGGCAGAUGUGCAAAUGGAAACUGCCUACAGUGUAAAUUUUAAUCAGGAUCUAUCAUGGCAGUCUGGGCAGUUAUCCAUGUUACUCUGUUAAAAAAUUGCAUUUUCUUUCUAUUUUACGGCUGCCAUCUUUGGUUGUUCCACAGUUGUCCUUCAGAGAAUGUCUAUAGGAUAACAUACCAAUAUCAAUAUAUCACCUAUUUGUGAGAGGCCUCUGUUUGCCAGUGAUCUCUAGGUAACUUACAUAUUUCCAGUUGUGCUGAGAGCUGUCGUAAAUGGUUGUAUGUAUGUUUGUUCUGCAGGGAAGCUAUGUAAGCACUGUAAACCCUUACAUCAGAGUUGGGGAACCUAUGGCCGUCCAGAUGUUCUUGGAGUCCCAACUCACAUCAGGUCCAGACAGCACGGAUAACUAUCAGGGAUGAUGGACGCUGUAGUCCAGCAACAUUUGGAGGGCCACAAGUUUCCCCAUCCUUGCCUUGCAUACAUGCAUACAACAUGUAAAAAUGUUGUCUGUUCCAUAGACAGAAUUAAUUGUAGAGCAGAGAGGGGGACCCCUUGCCCUCCAGAUGUUAUUGGACUUCAGCUCCUAUCAUCCCCUGCCCAAAUGACUAAGGCACUGGAGGCUGGCCCAUUAGGGCUAGUGGGGCACUGCCCCACCAACCUCACUGUGCCCUCAACCAGCCUGCAUCUGCCUGCCUUCUUUCUUAUAACCAAUCCAGAGAAUGGCUCUGGCUCUUGCCCUCCUCCUCCUUCUCCCUCCAACUAGUCUCACUGUUGCUCUUGCAGAACUGAAUAUAAAGCUAUAACUGGCUCAGCCUUUCAUUGGCUCUGGCCACCAUUGGCUUUGGCUGUUAGUCUCCCUGCUUUCCGCCCCACCAGUCCCAGUGGGCAGCAGCCACCGCUGGACUAAGGGUCAGGAAUGAUGAGGGGUGUAGUCCAACGAGGGCCACACGUUCCCAUCCUUGUUCUAGGGAAAUCUUUGUGGUAGGAGCAACUCUUAAGUAGCUGCCCCUGUUGAAACCUCUACAGAGAAAGCCUUUGCACGUUUAUCCAGAAGUAAGUCUCAUUGUAUGUACUGGGACUUGCUCCCAGGUAAGUGAGCAGUGGUUUGCAGUCUUAGACUGUCUGUGUAAACACAGCAAUAGUGUGGUGGUUGCUGCCAUUUCUAAAACCAACACACUAAAAUCCAAGGAAAGGGUCAACCAGCAUUUGGGAAAUAAUAUGUUCCUUUUCAGCUGGGCCACAACCACAGACCUACAUUUUUUAUUUUUUUAAAAAAGACUACUUACUGAAACUCUUUCAGAACAUAGUAAUAGCAUCUUAACUUUGAAAGCAGAAGGAAUAUUUUCCCAUCAUUUUUCUUUUUAACGUAUUCAUAAUUGUUAUUAAAGUAGUUUUAUGGGUGGAAUCCAACUAUGUUCUACUUAAAGCAGAUCUAGACCACAUUCACACCAGACAUUUAUUCCACUAUUAUUCCACUUUAAACAGUCAUGGCUUCCCCCAAAGAAUCCUGGGAAGUGUAGAUCAUGAGGGGUGCUGAGAGUUGUUAGGAGACACCUCCCCUUCCCCUCACAGAGCUGCAAUAGUCAAGAGUUCUCUGGGAAGAGGGAUUGUAGCUCUGUGAGGGGAAUAGGGAGUCUCCUAACAACUCUCAACAACUCCCAGGAUACUGUGGGAAAAGCCAUGACUGUUUAAAGUGGAAUAGAUGCCUGGUGUGCAUGUGGCGCUGUUGAAAUUAAUGAAUCUAAGUUAAUUAUGUUGAUUAAUAGGUCUAUUCUGAAUAGAACAAACAUUGGCUACAACCUUACUUUUUGUGUGGAAAUAACUAGGGAUAGACAAUGUGGCUUUUUUGUGUUGUGUUUUAAACUAGAUCUUUAAUAUCGUAGCAGAUAUAGGUCUAGUCUUCAGUGCUAAUGAAGUGUGGUUCUUGAAACCAGUAAGAAACCCUGCCCACUUGAGCAUCUGUCGCUUUUGGAAAUUAAAGACUAUAGAAAAAUCAAAGGGAAAUAACCCAAGCAAGCAACCAAAUGGAAGAAUUUGAUGCGGGAUGGUGCAAUGGCAGGAUACACUGCAUCAGUUUGACAAUCAGGCUGGUAGAAGAUGGCACAGUAGAAAUCUAGUCAACAGACUUAGGCAGAGCAAUUUGGUGAGGGAGCGAGCAUCUCAGUGGCAAUAGAACCUCCAGAUCCUGAGUCCUCUUGGUCUCCCUCCAGCCGGAAUGGAAACUGUAAUGGACGCUGGAUGAAAAAGCACACCAGUUCCAGGGCUGGUAUACUGCCCUCUCAUCCUAAGAACAUGUUGGGGUAAUGGGAGAUCUGUCCCUGGUAUGUCCAACCCCUUUUGUCUUCUCCACUGGAGCACUGCCAAGAGGCAAUGGCAGAGGUCGUUUCCGCAGUGGCUGGGAGGGGGUUUCCACCUAUGAAGAGGGUGAUCUCCAGUGAUCCCACCUGGGAUAUCCUCCUAAGGACCCUAAGGUUGUCUGCCAUUCUACUUUGAGUUGCAUGUAAAGGAAAGUCAAGUUUUAAAUCCUUCCAGUCUUACAAUGGGCACAUUUUUUUUUUUAAGCCGGCGAGGCCUUAAGACCUUACAUAUUCCAGUUUAGCAAAGUAUAUUUUUACAACCAGUGUAGAAACACUUGUAAAUAUGCUUAACUGCCCUUUGAAUAUAGUGGUGCUAGUUGUGAACUAUAAAAUAUCAUGAGUUGUAAUUCUGUAAAUACUAUGACACCAUAUAUUGGUAUAAAGAUGCGGCCCAAUUUGCCUGUGUUAAGAAUCUGUGUUGUAUUUGCUAGGGCAUACAGCGUGGUGCGUAUUAAACGGUAAAUCUUUGCACAAUCUUUCAGCAACAAUAUACCACUGUAUUAUUUAGCUACUAGCCACAGUCCCAGCAUAAUUUAAUGUGCUUUAAGUGCCAUUAAUUAUCAGUGGAACUUAAACCCCACCUAACUUGGGGUGGCUAACUUUUUAUUAUAAUUGUUGCAAUGCUUUUCAAGUAGCAGUUAUGACCUAACAACAUCUAAAAUCUACUGCUGAAACAUUUUCUAUGAUGGCCUAACUUUAACAAUGACUUUGGUGUGCUAGCUGUCCAAUGGCUGAGGUUUUGCUGUAUUGUGUUUGUGUUGUGGAUAACAAACAACUGUAUUCACCAUUGGAGACUGAAUCAUGUGGCAUUUUGUAAUAGUUUUGCUAUAUGGAACGCUCUCAAUCCUUCCCCUGCUGAAACAUCUAGUUUUCAAAAAUGCUAAUCCAAAACCCUGCCCGUUAUAUUAUUGCAACUUUGAAUGCAACUUUACUUUCAAAAGCAUCAAAAUUCAUGAAGCAAGCUUUCCUGUAACUGAAUGCUUUUUUUAACAUAUAAAAUUGUAACUUGGGGAUUUCAA